UGAAUGGAGAGAGGGAGAGGAGUCCUGCGUGCUUCUGCAGCCGAGCUCAAGUGACUAAAAUGGGGCUUCGCGGACUGAGCAGCACGGGGGUGUUCCUGACAGUCUGCCUUCUGUGGGUGACUGGAUGCUUCACCCAAAGAGUUUACUUUGAUUGUGGAGCCAAGGUGGAUGUUGUGGAUGUACAGGGCCUCAUUCUGUCCCCUGGCUUCCCAUAUAACUAUUCAUCUGGAACUCACUGUGUGUGGCAGUUCUUUGUACCUGUUGGUAACCAGCUAAUCAUGGAGAUGUUUGAUUUUGAUGUCUUUGAGAGUCACAACAGUGCCGUUGUAGACGAGGUACCGAACGAUGGUGGCGCGAUGGUAUCGAAAAGCCUCGGAAGUCCAAAAGAACCCCAGUCCACACACCGAGAGGACGUCAAGCAAGUGGUGAUCCAAGAACAAUCCACCAAAAUGGAGAUGACCAAAGUUUCCAAUUCUGCCAAAAUGCUUUCCGAUUCCCCCUCGGCUCCACAAGCAUCUCUUCCAGUUGAAAACAGAAAUUCUGUUACAUCUCAGGCAUCAAGAGCAGCCAUUGACUUUAUCUCUUCAAGCCCACAUACGGCCACAGAAACGGGUGACACUGUGAGCCCUGAGACCCAGCCACCUUUGAUUGAUGCCUGUCCCCACGAUGUUCUCUACAUAUCAGAUCUCAUCACCUUCUCCUCCCGAUUCUGCGGCUCUAGACGGCCUUCUAGCAGCCAGUUAGUGUUUGGAUCUGAUGAUGACAUGGUUGAGGUUAUUAUGGAGUUGAUUACCACUACCCACUGGGGCCGUGGUUUCGCUCUCCUUUUCCAUUAUCAGAAUCAAACUCAGGCAGCCACAAGCGAACAUCAGAGAUCGCUAUUGACCUCCGACAGCAGAACUGGUGCACUGCUCGGUGCUGUAAGUGGAACAGUUGUAUUUGCUGUGGCCCUUGCUGGCAUCCUCUGUGUGAUUUUCAGGUCGAAACUAUGCGCAAAAGGAGCCAAUGCUUCCUCUUCCAUCAGCUCAGAGGUUCCAGAAGGAGUGCUAAAUUCAGCGGCAGAUGUGAGUGAACUGCAGAUGGUUUCUCCCAAUCACUUGGAGCAGCAGCCGGGAACAGUGAACAACAACAACAACCGUUCCCUCAACAGCAGUCUGUCCCAUACAGGGUCUUCAGUAAAUGGAGCAUGUGACGUGUCAGAGAAGGCCGCUCUAGAGCAGUUCUCCAGUGGUCUGACUGAAUUAGAAUUAGGCACAGAUGAGGUUUUUGUCAUCUCCUCUGCACCCAACUCAGCCCAACUGCCCUUCUCUCCACAUACUCAACGAGAGCGUUUUCUGAGGCACAGUGACACGGGACCCAGCCGUCCCUUUGACUGGCCGACUCCAGACCAAGCACUGCCUUCUGUGACAAAGAGCAGCCAGGCCGGAUCGACAAACAGCACACGACCACGAGCAUGGAGUGUCCGAACCUUCCAGGAUCUCCUUCCUCCUCUUCCUCAACUCCAUAAGAAAUGGUGCAGCUGGAACUCUACCAGCCCAUUCACCAAGCUGGUGGACAGUGGACUCCCAAGCACAGCUACAGACUCUGGAAGGGGAAAGGUCCUAUCUGAUGCUCCUCUUCACAGUGCUGCCGAUAGCUGCCAGUCCGACUCCUUCACGAGUAACGCCUCUUACCCCCCGACUCAACCCGCCCAGCGCCAGCGACGCCUCAACUCCACCAGCAACCUCAGACGCUCACGGUUCAUCGCUCACUGCUUUGGCCUGCUCUCCAGCACAUCUGAGUCCUCCAAAGCACAAGCCAAUGGAAUUACGACCCCAAACACGCUCUCAGACACCAGCCAGCUGCAGGUCAAAGGUCAAAUAUCAAGCGUUGAGGAUGACCACGUCACUCUACCAGUGUUUGCCAUCUCAGAAGAGGAAGACCGACAGCCUCUAGUCUCAGCAGAGCAUCCCGAGAAGCCUUUGCGGAUGAACGGACAGAUGUUUGAAGGCACAAAGAUGCCGCUGCUAUCAAAAAGCCAAGCUCCCAGCAUCCAACCGAGCUCUUUAGCGAGGGGAGUCCGUGGUGGCGCGUUGGAGACGCAGGAUCCUUCAGCUCUCUCUUGUUAACAGUGACUCCAGAAACAAAGUCUGCCAGUGCCAUGAUGUUUGAGUAUGAUGGUCAUGUGACCAAUUCAGUCAAUAAAUGAUCUCAACAGGACUGAAAACUCAGCUUAUGAGCUGCUGUUCCAAUAGGCCGUGACGUUUCAAAUGGGUUUGUUAUGAAUAUUGGCAUGAAUGAAAAAUGAAUGCACUUAUGUGCUCUUGUAUCUGCAUAUUUAAUUUGCCAAGUAUAAAACCACCAUCUAACAGUAUAUUGUAUUACCUGCAAAUGUAUGAUAAACGUUUAACCAAGCUCACGUAAUGUUUCUACUCACUACUGAGAGUUUUGAGUUGUAAGGCUGCGUUGUUACUUUCAUUAUGAAAUUCCAUGUAUCUGCUCUAUGAACAGUACAGCUUGUUCUACGGUAAUCCCUUUGUAACCUGUAGAAGACCAAUUAGCUGGUCUGGUAGAAAGCUGCUUGGCAUCUCGCUUGACUUCCACGUUUAGUUUUUUUUGUAAUUCACUAUGGGUCCAAUUCACAUUUUGUACUGUUAAAAAUAUAUCAAUGGAAAUGGCAUAUAUUGUUAUUUCUCAAGGGACAUAACCACUGAAAAUUUAAUUUCGACUCAACUUUGUUCUAUGAGUAAUUUUAAUCAAGUUACUGUUUUUCCACCUAUAUCACUUACUAUGUGCCUUGUGGCCAUCAUCUAUGCUGCUAAAUAUGCACUGAUGCAAUACCUGAAAUUGUGCGUACGAGCAUAUUUUUAUAACGUUUGCAAUUUCAUAACUGUCGUCUUUAUAUGGUAUGUUUUCCUGAAUGCAGUAAUAUUGUCAACUGUACUGUUUUUGAUGUAUUAUAAAGGGAACUGAUCACCAUACAG